UGCGAUUCAGUGCGAGUUGAUUUGCGCGAGAGUCACUUUACUACUGCACUCGCCGCCGGUUAGUUCGCUACACGACGUUCUCGAAUCGACCUCGUCCUCCGAGUGGUGGCCUUCUGCUUUCUAGGUGAGACAGGUGUCUCCAGAGCUUGCGCCUACACUUAUCAUCAUCUUCAUCGAAAGGAAGGGAAGCGUGAAGUUGGAAUUCUUGUCGGAGUUUGUCAGUUGGAAAUCGUUAGUGAAUUUAAGAUCUAAACCAUGGCUUCUAGACUGCGCAAGUUCGGUGUCUCAGCGGCUGGUGUCGCGAUCGGUGCCGCCCUGUCUACCUAUGCGCUGAAAAGCAGUGACAUCUCGCCACAUCAUGUUCAAAUGGAGGAAAUGCAGAGAAUCCGUCGCAAGCGUACCCUUCCGUCGCGUAGCGAGCAGGUCAAGACUCUGCAGAGCGGCGAAGAGUUCGAUGUACUGAUCAUCGGAGGUGGUGCAACCGGUGCCGGAUGCGCCCUGGAUGCGGUUACCCGUGGUCUCAAGACGGCGCUGGUUGAGGCGGAUGAUUUUGCCAGCGGUACUUCGUCCAAAUCGACCAAACUGAUUCACGGUGGUGUGCGGUAUCUGCAAAAGGCCAUCUUGGGGCUGGACAUUGAGCAGUACAAGAUGGUGAAGGAAGCCUUGCAUGAACGAGCUUCCAUGCUCAGGUCGGCUCCACAUCUGACACGACCGCUGCCAAUUAUGCUGCCGGUGUACACAUGGUGGCAGAUUCCGUACUUUUGGGUUGGUAUCAAGGCGUACGAUUUCGUCGCUGGUGAUCGCAACGUGAAGAGUUCGUACUAUCUUUCACGAGAAGACGCUUUGGAGUUGUUCCCCAUGUUGAGAGGUGAUAAGCUUCGCGGUGCAAUUGUGUACUACGAUGGCCAGCAGGACGACGCUAGAAUGUGUCUGGCCAUUUCCUUGACAGCUGCCCGACACGGGGCUGCUAUUACCAACCACGUGGAAGUCUUGGAUCUGUUGAAGAAAAAGAACGAAGCUGGCAAAGAGGUGUGCUGCGGAGCCAAGCUUCGAGACAACAUUACUAAGAAAGAAUGGAAUGUCAAGGCCAAGUGCGUUAUCAACGCUACGGGUCCGUUUACGGAUUCGAUCCGUAAGAUGGACAACCCUACGGUGAAGUCUAUCUGCUGCCCUAGCUCGGGUGUUCACAUUGUGCUGCCUGGAUUCUACAGUCCUCCUCAGAUGGGUUUGCUCGAUCCGGACACUUCGGAUGGCCGUGUGAUCUUCUUCUUGCCCUGGUUGAAUGGUACGAUCGCCGGUACUACGGAUGCUCCGUGUGAUAUAACGCGUAGCCCAGCACCAAGUGAGGAUGAAAUUCAGUUCAUCCUUAGUGAAAUCAAGAGCUACCUGAAUAAGGACGUUGAUGUACGUCGUGGUGACGUACUGUCGGCAUGGAGCGGUAUCAGACCGUUGGUUUCUGAUCCCAACAAGGGUGAUACCCAGUCUUUGGCACGUAACCAUAUUGUUCACGUCAGUGAUUCAAACAUGGUCACUAUUGCCGGUGGAAAGUGGACCACGUAUCGUGCCAUGGCCGAGCACACCAUGGACGCAGCUAUUAAGGCUUGUAAUCUGAAGCCAGAGCGUGGAUGCGUAACCGAUGGUCUGUGGAUUGAGGGAGCCCAAGGAUGGACUCCUACCAUGUACAUCCGGUUGGUGCAGGAUUUGGGCCUGGAAGUCGAAGUGGCGAAGCAUUUGGCAAUUUCUUACGGUGAUCGUGCGUUUGCUGUUGCCAAAAUGGCUGCCCUCACUGGCAAGAGAUGGCCAAUCAUUGGCAAGAAGCUUCACCCGGAGUUCCCAUACAUUGAUGCUGAAGUUCGCUACGGCGUUCGCGAGUAUGCCUGUACCUGUGUGGAUAUGAUUGCUCGUCGACUGCGCUUGUCGUUCUUAAACGUGCAAGCUGCCAGCGAAGCACUGCCCCAUGUUGCCGAUAUAAUGGCUGACGAGCUGAAGUGGUCUAAGGAGGAGCGAGAGAAGCAAAUCAAGGACUGUGAACACUUCCUUCAGACUCAGAUGGGACAACAGGUCAAUCGUCAACUGAAGGAUAAGGUUCCGGUCAACCUGUCCAAGGAGGAAGUUGAUCAGUACAAGAAACGUUUCGAUACGAUCGACAAGGACAAGAAGGGAUAUGUUUCCAUUCCGGAUAUCAAGCGGGCCAUGCGGGCAUACGGAGAUGCUGAAGUUAGCGGUGAAGAGCUACAUGAUAUUCUUCGGGAGAUCGACACCAACAUGAACGGUCAGGUUGAGUUGGAUGAGUAUCUGCAGAUGAUGUCUGCCAUCAAGUCGGGAAAUAUCUCGCAUUCCCGCUUCGCAGCCGUUGCCGAGCAAGAGGAGAUCCGCAACGAACAGGAACGACUGCGGAAGCAGAUCACUGUCGACCGCUCGGGUGGUGCUGGCCAGUGGAGAUAAACUAAAGCAUGCGAUGACUACCGCAUGUUUAUGACUUGAUCAAACGAUCAAGCCUCACCUGAACCCAUACGUAGACCCACUACUACUGUGCGCUAACUUAAUUUUCAUCUACACACAAACCAAUCAAACUGCUAGAGAAGGACCGAGCAUGACUUCCUCCGAAUAGAGUGCAGUUUGAGUCGUACAUAUACUUUAGCACAUCUCUGUUGUCGCACACUUCUCGUCGUCGAUGUACAUAUUUGUUGUGACCUAUCUCCACCCGAUGGAUCGUUGUUGUUACCCCGGAUGUCCUAUUGUUUUCGAAACGUUCGUGGUUAGGAUAGGAUAUAUUCAGUCGUGUUGAUCCCGCCAAUUUAUUCGAUAAGCUACACGACGCCACAUAAUUUAUUAAAACAAUCUUAUACGAUAAGAUUGGGUAGUUUUAGAAGCGAAACGAUUUAAUUUUAUUUUACUAAGGGUUAAGGCAACUGCAAAGCUGGGCGUACGGUAUUGGUUGUUUACAUUGUGAAGCCAUUGUUUUUCGGAAAUUUCAUUGGAUGACAAAAUCACUACGGUUCACAGUAAAGGAUUGUUUGAAUACUGUCGUGUUUUUUUCCUGCUGAUGGCUUAAAGAAUGCGGUUGCCUUUUUAUAUUUUUAAAUUUUAAAUGCACGAAUAUUGAAAUGAUGACAAACUACUGGACGUUGGGAGCGAACUUAUUUUAAAUAAGUGAAUGAUAAGUUCUAGAUAAUUUGUUGCAAGCAAGUAGCUCUAUCCAUCCUAAUGAUAAGCUCCAUACGAAUAAAUUUAUUACACAAUAAA